ACCAAACAUUCGUACUUCUUCUAUUACGUCAUCUCGCAAGCGACUGCAAAUCCCGAGGCUAGCAUGAGAGCUAACCAGUUUUGUUCUCUCGUUUCAUAUUAAUCAGUAUUUACUCUCGCUAUGUCCGGAGGAACUAACCUCGAAUUUCCAGGGACGAGUCAGACGAGCUCCGGGUUCGCCGCACAAUGGAAAAAAGACUGCAGUCCGUCCGCUUGGUUCUGGGAGAGCCCUGACACUUUAGCUCAGCUGGAGCAUGUACGCCAGUGGAUUGGGAAGUACUACAAAAAGUCCGUGUUAGUGGAUGCGCCCGCAUGUCAAGCAUUAGCUGCUGCAACACUGCAGCUCCUUCAGUUUCAAGAGGAUGCGUUCGGGAAACGAGUUCCAAAUCCAGCCCGCAAUAAAAUACCAACACAGUACUUCAUGGACAUGCAACCAGGUGGCGGACUGUGUCACAUCCUCGGUUCGGCUUACAAAUUCAAAGCUGAGCAAGGCUGGCGAAGGUUUGACUUCCAAAAUCCCUCCAGGAUUGAAAAGAAUGUUGAAAUGUUUGAUAUAAUUGAGCGAACACUGUUACAGCAAAACUGUAUGUCACAUCCGGUGGUUUAUCUGGACCCUUCGCUGGAUCAAGAGCUAGCUAGCAAAGUUAGCGGCGUCAUUACGAAGCACCAGGGAACGCUUACUGAGGACAGAAACCUUGCCAGUCACCAUGUAUGUCCAUUCCCUUCAUCCACAGACGAAGGUGAAUGGAUGCGGCCAGUCUUGCGAAAACAAAACCACAUCCUGGUACACUGGGGAAUGCACCCCGACAGUUACGACAGUUGGUUACCUUCAAGUGAAGUCGACGGAGAUGUCGAGGAAGCUCCUCAACUGGAGAAACCGUGGAGGGUUCACGCCGGCUACAUUCUAGACACCGAUGUUUUCAACGAGUGGAUGAAUGAGGAAGACUAUUGCGUGAAUGAGGAGAACCUACCCGUUAUCCUUCGACAGCGCGUACAACUACAAGAAGAUCAGGAUGCAAAGUGUACUCCCUUCAAAAAGAGAAGACGCUCUCCGUCACCCUUGUCUGACGCUAGGAAGAAAGGAAAAAAGGGGAAGCGGCGUGGGCAGCAAGAGGAAGAACCAGAGGAGGAUUUAACCAAAGAUAUGGAGGACCCAACUCCGGUUCCUAAUAUGGAAGAGAUAACAUUACCCAAGAUUGUUAAUUUUAAAAAGGACAGUGAGAAUACACCUGUUAAAGGCGGUAUCAUGGCUGACCUGGAUGACCAAGAAGAAGAUUUUCCAGGAAGGGACGACGAAGACGGAAGAGUGGAAAUUCCUCGACUAUUAGAAGGAGAAGAAAACAUCGCUGAGCAAACCCAUCACAUCAUCAUACCAAGUUAUACUUCUUGGUUCAAUAACAACAGCACCCACUCAAUAGAAAAACGAGCCUUGCCUGAAUUCUUCAACGGAAAAAACAAGUCAAAAUCACCGGAAGUAUACCUAGCGUACCGUAAUUUCAUGAUCGACACGUACCGGCUCAACCCCCAGGAAUACCUCAGUUCGACAUCCUGCCGACGGAAUCUCACCGGUGAUGUUUGUUCAAUCAUAAGGGUACACGCAUUUUUAGAGCAAUGGGGUUUAAUCAACUACCAGGUGGACGCGGAAAGCAGACCCCUCCCCAUGGGUCCGCCGCCCACUCCUCAUUUCAACGUACUAGCGGACACACUUACUGGGUUGGCGCCGUUACAACAUAAACCACUGCAGGUGACGGCAUCACAGCACAUGUUGUGCUUCCCGGAAAAGACCAGAGAAAAGCCUUCGGAUUGCCAAAACUUCGGCUUGCGCAUGGAAGUUUACGCCAAAAAACACCCAAAGACAAAGGGUGCUUGCGCAGGACGGGAAUGGACAGAGCAAGAGACGCUUCUGUUGCUAGAGGCUUUGGAAGUGUACCGAGACGACUGGAACAAAGUGUCGGAACACGUCGGCUCCAGAACGCAAGAUGAAUGCAUCCUCCAUUUCCUGCGUCUACCUAUCGAAGACCCGUACCUGGAAGAUUCGUCCGCCUCCCUCGGCCCUUUAGCGUACCAACCCGUGCCGUUCAGCCAAUCGGAGAACCCCGUCAUGAGCACUGUGGCCUUCCUGGCUUCCGUGGUGGAUCCGCGGGUGGCAUCGGCCGCUGCGAAAGCAGCACUUGAGGAGUUCUCGCAAGUCCAGGAAGAGUCUUUGAACGGAAUUACGUGCAAAGACUCAAUGGAUGCUUCACAGAUGCAGAUCAACGCAAGUUCCCAUCAGGUGUCUGUCAACUCCGACGGACUCCUGGUUGAAUCCGUCGUGCCUAAAUUGGAAGGAGAAACAGUCAAAAGAGAGAAUGCUGACGAAAGUAAUGACGACGAAGGCAUGCAACGUCAAGACAGAGAAGGCGACGAAGGGAGAGCGGUGAUCGAGUUAGAUCUUGUCGAGAGCACUGUUACCACGGCGGCGGCCGCCGCUUUGGCUUCUGCUGCCACGAAGGCAAAGCAUUUGGCAGCAGUGGAGGAGAGGAAGAUUAAGUCUCUGGUGGCUUUGCUGGUGGAGACCCAGAUGAAGAAGCUUGAGAUCAAAUUAAGGCACUUUGAAGAGCUGGAGACGAUAAUGGACAGAGAAAAAGAGGCGUUGGAACAACAGCGACAACAACUACUAACUGAAAGACAAACCUUCCAUACUGAGCAGCUCAAACAAGCAGAGAUGAAGCUUCACCAGCAGAGGGAGCAACAGGGCCAACCGGGAUUCACAAUGCAGCAUCCAGGUCAGCCCAUGACCAACCGGAUGACUCCCAGCGGUGGACAAAUGGCGCCCCGCCACCCUUGCGCCCCCAAUGGCACGUAUCCGUCGUCGCAGAGUGACGGCGUUCUGGCAGCUCAACCCGGUCUUCCUCCUUCUAGUCACAGUUGAACAGACGUAGCGCAUGCUUGCUAAUCUCCUUGCAUCGUGUCUGUGAAAUAUUUGUUUCAGAGUUAAGGAAUCUUCAGAUUCAUCUCUGUUCAUUAAACUGUUUUUUUU